AUGGGUUGCUUUGAACUUUUGGACCAACAUUGGCCAAACGUUGGAUCCGAGGUUUGCAUACGUACCCAGUACGCGUUGAGGUUGGGCUGCAGCCGGCUCUGGAGAUCAGGGUCGGAGACGGCGCCCCUGCCCAGAGAACCGGAAGCGGACGAGCAGCCUGAGGGCCGCUUGGUGCGCCCCGCGCGCCUCUCGCCACCCCCGCCCUGCGGGAGCACCAAGUUUCACACCCGCCACACUGCAAGCAACCCUAGGGGUUGUCUACGC